AUGCCAGCAGCAGCAGCAGCAGCAGCAGCAAGCUCAGAGGCUGCAGAAGAUAGUAGCUACGACUUCAAAUUUAGCCAAUGUUUCGGUGACAAAGCAGAUAUCGUCGUCACAGAGGCAGACAUCAUCACAGCGGUGGAAUUCGACCACACGGGCGAUUUCCUUGCCACGGGGGACCGUGGUGGCCGUGUGGUGCUGUUCGAGCGCAACAACAGCAAGCACUGCGAGUACAAGUUUCUCACGGAGUUUCAAUCGCACGACGCGGAGUUCGACUACCUCAAAUCGCUCGAAAUAGAGGAGAAAAUCAACCAAAUCAAAUGGUGUCGUCCCUCCAACCAGUCACAUUUCCUGCUGUCGACCAAUGACAAGACCAUCAAGCUGUGGAAAGUGUACGAAAAGAAUAUAAAGCUCGUCAGUGACAACAACCUUAGCGAAGGGGCGUACGGAGCAGGGUCCGGCCCGGGAUCGGCCGCCAAGAACCGGCAUCUUAACCACCGUGGUAACGGUUCUGCCAGAGCCGUACUGUCGCUUUCGGCGCUCAAAUUACCCAAACUUUCUCAGCAUGACAAAAUCAUCGCUGCUGCGCCCAAGAAAAUCUACAGCAACGCACACACAUAUCACAUCAAUUCCAUAUCGAUAAAUUCGGAUCAGGAAACGUUUAUCAGUGCAGACGACCUCAGAAUAAACCUGUGGAAUUUAGACAUACCGGACCAAUCCUUUAACAUCGUCGACAUCAAACCUGCCAACAUGGAAGAGCUGACAGAAGUCAUCACCAGCGCAGAUUUUCAUCCGCAUCACUGCAAUCUUUUCAUGUAUUCAUCUUCAAAAGGUACCAUAAAGUUGGCCGAUAUGCGACAGAAUGCGCUCUGCGAUUACCGUGCCAAGACAUUCGAGGAAUACUUGGACCCCAUAAACCAUAAUUUUUUUACCGAGAUCACCUCGUCGAUAUCAGACGUGAAAUUCAGUCCCGACGGUCGAUACAUUGCAUCUAGAGAUUAUCUAACGGUGAAGAUCUGGGACGUGAACAUGGACAAUAAACCUGUCAAGACUAUUAACAUCCAGGAUCAACUCAAGGACCGUUUAAGCGACACCUAUGAAAACGAUGCAAUUUUCGACAAGUUCGAAGUGAAUUUUAGCGGUAACAGUUCCAGUUUGAUGACUGGUUCUUACAAUAACACGUUUAUGAUUUACCCAGAUGUGGUUGGCGCGAAAACCAGCAAAACACCGCCGAUGCAAGAGAUUGUCCUACAGGCAGACAAAACGGCAUUCAAAUCCAAGAAGUUAGGUUCGUUAGAGCAGCAAAGCGCGCGCAACAAACAAUGGGGGGAUGACAUUGAUUUCAAGAAAUCCAUAUUGCAUUUCUCGUGGCAUCCAAGGGAAAACAGCGUAGCGAUUGCGGCGACGAAUAAUCUAUUCAUAUUUUCAGCAUUAUAA